GAAAUAGUUGGAAGAUGAAUGAAUGGAUGGAUGAAUGAACUACUCCUACAAUACCAGGACGGACCGAUUGACUUAAAUCACUACUUUGUAUUUUUGAAUUUGCUUGAUAAGGAUAAUUGUCUGAUCAGCAUAAAAUAUCUGCACAGCUUCAGUAAGGUUUGAAAUAUCCAGGGAUACGGUUAGUCUGACCUUUGUUCUGCUGUUGUUUUCCCCAGUCAUGUUCAAAUGAAUAUAUUUCUUUGUGCUGUUGGUACAAAAGUUAUUCUUAAUAUGGACUACAGUGCAAGAUUUAUGAAUUAUUGUAAAUGUUAUUGAAAUGUUAUCAAACGAAUCUGAUAAAGGAAGAAAAAAGCAGUAAUGUGAGAAUAAAGAUGCCGCCGUACGGUUAGAAGAGAGUCUCGGUUGGAGAUUAGGUACCACGGCAGACUGAGGUUCCACAGUUUGGAGGUUUUCCUGGUUGACUUUUGCGCUGUUUUGCCAGUUCUGGGUCAUGUUCCUGUCAGGUGACUAAAUAUGACCAGAUAUGGUAGCUCUAGUGAGGCUGGCAGUCACACAGAUAAAAACCUUGUAAAUGAGGCCCGCAUGCCAUGAAUAUGCGUCCUGCGUGCGUUGUGGCAAACACGCAUGCUAUACAAUGAACGUGCAUUUAUGAAAAACUUUGAGACACAUAUAAGAUUUACUUAAAAACUUGUAGAAGUGACAUAAACGUCCUCACAUACUGUAGACCACAGAGACUGUGAGUCAUUCACCACGCGAGAUUUAGGCUCUUGUAAACAAUACAUUGAGAAAUACCACACCAAGAGAAAUAAAUGCACUCAGACACACUCACACACACACAUCCGCACCGGCACACAUGCGCGCCCGGCCACAGGUGCCCCCGGAGAUAUGUGUCAUGUUAAAUUUCAUAUUUGCUCUAUAUGUUGGAGUGUCUGACUGGCCGGCCCCGGAACAACAGGCCUUGGCUUUGCCCCUUUUGACAUGUUAGAAGAGGAAGGAAUGAGGCAGACGAAAGAAUGGCAAACGCACCAUGACUGUCCUGCACGCUCUCCUCUCUCUCCACUAGAGGGCACUACCACGAGCAGUCCAUUACAAUGGGGGACCGCACUUUUCAGGCUCAGGAUAGCCCUUCGCAUCAGGGACAGUUCUAUCCUCAGGCCAAGGGACAGAAAUCUGCGCAACAUUUCUGCCAUGACCCACUGGAGCCCCUGGGUCUCCUGGAGGGGGUGGCAGAGGCAGGCGGCUGCCACGGCAAACUGAACAGCUGUGCGGCGAGGGGUGAUGGCGAGUGCAUGUCUGAGGACGGCGCCGGGCUCAGCCGCUGGAUCAAUCCGCCGCUCGCCCACGCGGAUGUGGGCGCCGUGGCUUUCGGGGACAAGCCGUUUCGUUCGUCAGAAGACCCGCCCGAGUGGCGCUCCACCUACCUCCACCACGGGACCUUUCAAGGGGCAAUCGGGGGCUGUGAGCAGAAGCUGGACUCGUUUUCGGAAGCAUUCCCACGGCGAAAUGCCUACUUGUUCCAAAACGGGGGCCGGGGGGUGAUCUUCACCUCGGGGUGUGGAGCUGGGAAAGUGAGCAGUCCCCCAGGCGGCCCGGCCACCCCCACGCCUCCUACCACCCACCCCUCGCCCCUCGUCCUCUGCUCUCCCCCCGCCUCUCUCUCGCUGCCCUCCCUCUCCCCAUCCAAGAAUGCUCCCCAGUUCCCGACUGCGCAGACAACGCCGCCUGUGCAGCUGGAUGUUAACUUCAGCUCCUCCUCAUUCUCCCCGGGGCUGCAGCCUUACUACCUGUCACAUACGCACACAGGCCGCCUGCCUGGCACUGCCCCAGCUGGGAAGUGUCCCCCACUGCUCUGGCUGCAGCAGUCAGCUCACCCGGCCGGGCAGGCAGAACCUUUCCAUCCACAGCACCAGGAGAAGAACUCUGACUCCUCUCUGAUGUACCCAGGAGAGACACAGUUCCUGCAGAAACACUCUCUCCUCUCUCACCAGGACGAGUACAGCAUCCCAGAUCACUGUAACCUUCAGACGCCUCUCAGUCCUCCGCCAGAGCAGUACCCACAAUCCUGUGUGUCUUUCCUGCAAGAUCCCAACCCAGCGCCCCCUGCUGAUAACUCGGCAGCCUGGCACCUGGAGACAGCAGACAGAGGUGGGGGCCAGCCCUGUGCCCCCCUGUCCACAGCCCAGUGCUCAGUGCCGCUGCUGACCUCCCCACCAGCUGAAGGCAUUAAAGUGGGGGAAGAAGCCCGGCCAUAUCUGGAGUAUCAGUCCACAGCAGGCUGGUCUCAGUGCUCCCUGGAUACACAGAGCACGCCCCCUUGCAUCUACACCGGAUUCUCCUUCUCCAGCAUCCUCCAGGUCGGAAGAAGCCUGGAGAUGAACUACGGUGGGGCACCCCCCCGCUACACCCCCAGCCCCAUGCUGAAUCCCCUCCGCAAGGGCUCGGGGCUCUACUGCAGCCUGCUCUCCUCCUCGAACCUCCGGCCAGGACACCAGGGAGGCUUCUGGUCUGCAAGGGAAGAAGAGUCUCCACGCCUGCCGCAUGUGAACGUGGGUCCGCAGUACCAGGCAGCGCUGCCCCCCCUGAGGAACAGAGCGGACAUGGACACCGGCCCUGCUGAAACGCCUGCGGAAACACUGCUUUGGAAACCCUGGGUAGAGCUGGAGGAGAGUGAAACCACGCAAGAACAAGUGGAGAUUUUUUUGGACCUGUGCAGUUCCAGUGCAGUGCCAGGAGGUGGCACUAACGUAGAGCUUGCCUUGCACUGCCUCUCCCAAUGUCAGGGUAACACUAUGGCCGCUGUGGAGAUGUUAUUACUGUCUACCCCUUCACUGUCAGAAGACUACCAUUACUGUGGCAGUGACGUCUGGAUGCUGAGUGAGCGACGACUGUUUAAUAAAGCAUUCGCCAUCUACAGUAAGGACUUCAACCUGAUACAUAAUAUGGUGAAGACCAAGCGUGUGUCCCAAUGUGUGGAGUUCUACUACCUCUCCAAGAAGCUUCCGGAACAGCAGAAGAAGCAGAGGGAGAGGGAGAGAGGGGUAGAGGGAGAUAUGAGCGGCGCGGCAGACAGCGGUGCAUUACCGAUCUCGGAGUCAAUUCUCAGACCGCCGGUGAUGGAUGGCACGGUCUCCAGCAAUGCCCUGGCCACCAGCUUUCCCUGUAAACAGUGUGGAAAAAUGUUUUAUAAAAUAAAAAGCCGUAACGCCCACAUGAAGAUCCACAGGCAGCAGCAAGACGACUGGAGGGAGCGGGACCAGAACACGGUGUUCGCCCAGAACCUCACGCAGGCCCGGCUGGCUUUCCUGCAGAGCCCCAACAGCCACGUCGGUGCUGUUAGCAGCCCCAGCCUCAGCUCCUCCGGGGUCCCCCUCUUUGGCCCUCCACAUCCAGUGUGGGACCCCUUUGAUCUCACCUCCGAUUCCAGCACCUUCUAUUAUGACUCAGAGGGGAAAGUAAUGCUGGGUAUGACAGGAGGGGCUAAGGGACAGAUUCGCUGGGAAUGACCGCCCUUUGGUACCGACGCCCUUAGGGAUGCAUAUCAAUGCAUGUUCAUAACAGUAUUUUCUCAGUUAGGGCAGGUUCUGUGGCUCAGCCGCUCCUGACGGCACAGUUCGAGACGUAGUAUAUGAAAUAUGUGAGCUUUCAGAAUCUAUGAAAUACCAUAAAUUAUGUAUUAUCUGAGCUGUAGAAAAGGUAGUGAAUAACAAACACAGCGCAAAAAGGAGGUUCAUUGUGAAUAGUGCCUGAAUUUGCCAUCGAUCAUUUGUAAGAAUAAUCUAUCCUUCUCAGAAAUUAAUUAGUAUUAUUUUAACGGCUUUAGACGGCUUUGAGCGGCUUUAGGUAAAGGUAAAAACGUAGAUGCCCAGAGUGGACAGCUCUCAUUGAAUUAUUAUUGAUUAUUAUGUUCAGUAUUUACAUUAUUUAUUAUAAUGUUUGUAACGGAUGGCUUUAAAUAAUUUUGAUGUUUCCAUUGUCUUUAUGUUCUAUUGACUGGCAGCUUUAAAUGGCACGAGCCUCAAAAGCUAUUACGGAAAUUGUAUAUGGCAACAUUUUUAUACAUUUACUUUGUACUUUUUGUUAAAAUGCCAACUGGUUGCUGGGAAAAAAACUUUUUGUUAAGAAACUUUUGUUCGUUGUUACAUAACUGUGAUUAAGGAAAACCGUGUACAGUCUAGAAUACUAGAGGUUGUAUUUUACCUUAAACAUGACAUCCUGAGAACAUGUAUUUUCUUGAUACCUGUAGAAAAAAUAUUUAUUUUAAGUUUUGAUACAUAUUACAAAAAGAAUUAUUCAUUAAAUGUUCUAUCCCGACAAUUA